GAGAUUGAUGGGCUGCUAACCUUCGCUGCUCUCUUCUCAGCAGUUCUCACCACGUUCAAUGUUGCGACGUAUCCACUCCUACAGCCAGCCCCAGCCGACCAGACCUCUGCCAUACUCCUGCAGAUUUCAGCUCAGCUUUCGAGCCUCUCAAUUAGUUCACCAUUCAUCAAUUCCACCCAACCUUCCUUUGGCGCCCUUCACCCUGCAUCGGAGUCACCGCCCCAUCUCCACCAUUAUGUCGUGUGGCUGAACUCGCUCUGGUUCACCGGUCUGGUACUCAGUCUCUUCGCUGAAACAAUCGGGAUAGUCGUCAAGCAGUGG